AUGGCAGCCUCUGUUGGUUCAAGAUUUCUCACACCCUGGGUGGGGGACCAAAACCCUCCUCCGUCACCACUUGCUUCAAAUCCUGUCAUCUUUCGUCGGUAUAGCACCGGCAUCAACGAAUUACUGGAUCGCAAAAAGGACAGGAGAUCAUCCAUGAUCGAUCCCGCUAUGGCGUUGAAGAACCUAAGAAGCUCUUAUCACGGCAAAGGCAACAGCCGCGGUGAUGAUGAUCUAGAAGACGAGCCUCCUCGCAAUCGAAUCAACCGUUACAGCAGAGAUGACACUACGAGCUUAGCCGAUUUCUUGAAGAAUCACGAACCACCGUCGAGCAGCUACAUGUCGGCUCCCUUUGCUCAUCCAGACGACAAGGAGCGGGAGUCGAAAUGGUCGAAAUUCAUGGCCAUGAAGAGAAGAAGCAAAUCAGUUCCCAGGCCUCCCCAAAACAUUCAGCUCCCAGACUCGGCAGUCUCGGGCGUCACCAUUGGCGGACACAGGCACAUUGCCAUCUCGAUCCCUCUCGAGGCUAUGCCUUUUGCUCCUGACUCGACAACACAAAACUCCGCCAAUGCGAAUAACAACACCAACCCAAAGGUGGGAGGAACAAGGAGCGAGUAUGCCACGCUUCCACGAAACUUUGCCGUCCAGACAUAUUCGAGGGAAAAUGGCACCGUCACUGUUUUCCCCACUGCGGCUGAUGAGGUCCCUGGGUUGCCCAAGUCCCCUUCUACACAGCGCUCUGGCCUUUUGUCCCAGCAGUCCAUCUCAUCGAGUUUGGAAGAGAGGAGCAGCUACACGCAGAGUAGCACUGGAGGCCACCACAAAUCUAGCAGCCAGUCUACGGGAUACUCUACAGAAGGAUCUACAGGGGCAAGUAUUGGGAGCAAGACCAAGACCAAGCCACCGGGCUACGUCAGUAUUUUCCCAAAGGUUACAGAUCCACCGCAUAUAAAUGCGCAAGGAAUGGUGGUUUGGGGACCUCAGAAGAACCCGGCAAGGCCAAACAACCAGCAGCGUCCAGCAAGGCCCUCAAGCAUGGCUGUUGCUGCUGGCCAGAGGCACCGUCACCCCGCACACUCGGCAUCAAUUGACGGUCUCUUGAGCGUGGUCAAAGAUAUCGAGACCGUUCGAGACGGAUACAAUAAGAAGCCGCUUCCGAAACCACCAGGGAGGAGUGACUCUCGGGCUAAGCAGCAAUACAAACCUGGCGUCGGAUUCCCCUCCCCCAUCACUGAGGAAUCUACCGAUGGAUCCUCCGGGAGCACCAAGCGUAGUAUUCGCAAGGUUGUGUCUGCUCAAUCAAUGCUAGCAGUUGACAAGGAGCUGCCUUCUCGCCCAUCAACAGCAGGCUCAAUACAGAGCCGCCGCGAGAAAGUUCGAGACAAGAAAAGGAGAGACAUGGAAGCUGCAAAGGCCUUCAAAGAGCUGCAGCGACGAAAGUCUGAGGAUGAGCAGAAAGAAGACGAAGAGGGGGAACAAUCGCCAAAUAACGAAGACGUGCAAGUGGAGAGUGAGCGCCCUCAGACGGCAUCCCUAAACACCCUCGUUCCCAUCGUUGUCGUCGUCGAUCUUCAGCCCUCACCUGGACUGCCAGACGACAAGAGUGGACCGGGGGCAUCUCCUUCUCCGUCACGGUCUGCUUCGCCUUCAUCGGAUAUGGGCCAAAUGCGGCUUUCGCGUGACAUGGACAGCGAGUUGUAUUUGCAGCACAAGCGAAACCUGAUGGACAAGCAAAUCUUGCGGCUCUACGACUCUUACCACGAAAACCGGCUACGAGAUGUCGAGCGCCGUAUCCGUCGGCUUGAGCGCAAUGGCGACGUUUGGUUGCGUGCUCUGGUACCUGUACUCGAUGACAUGAGCCGCAACAUCAAGACAGCUAGCCGCGCCAACAAGGCUGCAGAUGCGGAUGGCCGAGGCUGGGCUUCAGAUGACGAAGUUAGCGCAUCAAGCGCAGAGCGUAAAGCUCGCAGCACCAAACGGGCCAAGACGCCUACAAGGAGAGCAAGCCUAUCGCGAGAUCGGAUCGUGGCAGGACUCAUUGGGGAAAAGCUUGCGUCUGAGGACAGCGAGUGGAGCGACACAAUGAGCAAAAGUGACGAUGUAAGCGGUUUGGGAAUCAUUGAACCUCUGAUGAGAGAACUGGCCGGUGAAGCGAGACGGAGACAGCAGCAGCUUGCAGAGAGAACGGCGGAUGAUUGGCGUCACAACACUGUAUAG